AGUUUCCAUGAGGCAGGUUAAUGGAAGAGGUCUAAGUGAAAGAGAUCAAGCCUGUGACAGCAGAUGAACUUAAGUUUUUAAAAAUAUAUUCAGUGACAUUGGCCAGAGCUUUGACACGUGAGCUAUACGAUGUCCUUGAAGCCCCGGGUGGUGGAUUUUGACGAAACAUGGAACAAACUUCUGACAACAAUCAAGGCAGUAGUGAUGCUUGACUACGUGGAGAGGGCAACAUGGAACGACCGCUUCUCUGACAUUUAUGCUUUGUGUGUUGCCUACCCAGAACCUCUGGGUGAAAGACUGUACACAGAAACAAAAGUAUUUCUGGAAAACCAUGUUCGACUCUUGUAUAAGAAAGUUCUAGAGUCAGAAGAAAAAGUUUUAGUGAUGUACCACAGAUACUGGGAGGAGUACAGUAAGGGAGCUGACUACAUGGACUGCUUAUACAGGUACCUCAACACACAGUUUAUUAAAAAGAACAAACUGACCGAAGCAGAUUUGCAGUAUGGCUAUGGUGGAGUUGACAUGAAUGAACCACUAAUGGAAAUUGGAGAGCUGGCAUUAGACAUGUGGAGGAAACUGAUGAUAGAGCCCCUACAGACUGUCCUUAUCCGGAUGCUGCUGAAAGAAAUUAAAAAUGACCGGUGUGGUGAGGACCCUAAUCAGAAAGUAAUCCAUGGGGUUAUCAACUCCUUUGUUCAUGUUGAACAGUACAAGAAAAAGUUUCCUCUUAAGUUUUAUCAGGAAAUCUUUGAAGGGCCGUUUCUGUCAAAAACAGGAGAAUACUACAAGCAGGAAGCUUCCAAUUUACUGCAGGAGUCAAACUGCUCACAGUACAUGGAAAAGGUUUUAGCGAGAUUAAAAGAUGAAGAAGUGCGAUGUCGGAAGUACCUGCACCCCAGUUCAUAUGCCAAAGUGAUCCACGAAUGCCAGCAGAGGAUGGUGGCCGACCACCUGCAGUUCCUACAUGGGGAGUGUCAGAACAUCAUCCGGCAGGAGAAGAGAGAUGACAUGGCGAACAUGUACACACUGCUGCGCGCAGUCUCUAAUGGUUUACCUCACAUGAUCCAGGAGCUGCAGGUCCAUAUCCAUGACGAGGGCCUUCGAGCCACCAGCAACCUCUCUCAGGAAAAUAUGCCAACUCAGUUUGUCGAGUCUGUGUUAGAGGUUCAUAGUAAAUUUGUUCAGCUCAUCAACACCGUCCUGAAUGGUGAUCAGCACUUUAUGAGCGCACUUGAUAAGGCUUUGACUUCAGUUGUCAACUACAGAGAGCCAAAGUCCAUCUGCAAGGCCCCUGAAUUGCUUGCCAAGUACUGUGACAAUCUGCUGAAGAAAUCUGCAAAGGGAAUGACUGAGAACGAGGUGGAGGACAAGCUGACCAGUUUUAUCACUGUAUUUAAGUAUAUCGAUGAUAAAGAUGUUUUUCAAAAGUUUUAUGCACGAAUGCUAGCAAAGAGAUUAAUACACGGGCUGUCAUUAUCCAUGGAUUCUGAAGAAGCCAUGAUCAACAAACUAAAGCAAGCAUGUGGGUAUGAAUUCACAAGCAAACUCCACCGAAUGUACACUGACAUGAGUGUCAGUGCCGACCUGAACAACAAAUUCAAUAACUUCAUUAAAACCCAGGAAACAGUAAUAGAUCUGGGAAUUAGUUUUCAGAUCUACGUACUACAGGCAGGUGCUUGGCCUUUGACACAUGUCCCUUCAUCCACAUUUGCCAUUCCCCAGGAGCUGGAGAAGAGUGUGCAGAUGUUUGAACUGUUUUACAACCAACACUUCAGUGGGAGGAAGUUAACCUGGCUGCACUAUCUCUGUACAGGUGAAGUGAAAAUGAACUAUCUCACCAAACCCUAUGUGGCAAUGGUCACCACCUACCAGAUGGCAGUUCUGCUGGCUUUCAACAACAGUGAGACUGUUAGUUACAAGGAGCUCCAGGACAGCACGCAAAUGAAUGAGAAAGAGCUCAUGAAAACCAUCAAGUCUUUACUGGAUGUUAAAAUGAUCAACCACGACUCAGGAAAGGAAGAGAUAGAAGCAGAGUCUACAUUCUCACUAAAUAUGACGUUCACCAGUAAAAGAACAAAGUUUAAAAUCACAACAUCGAUGCAGAAGGACACACCACAGGAAAUGGAGCAAACCCGAAGUGCUGUGGAUGAGGACAGGAAAAUGUAUUUACAAGCUGCUAUUGUCCGCAUUAUGAAGGCACGCAAAGUACUGAGGCAUAAUGCACUAAUCCAAGAGGUCAUUAACCAGUCCAAAGCCAGAUUUAACCCUAGUAUCAGCAUGAUAAAGAAGUGCAUCGAAGUGCUGAUUGACAAACAGUAUAUUGAACGAAGUCAGAGCUCAGCAGAUGAGUACAGCUAUGUAGCAUGAUGCUGAGAGUCCUGUAGGCUGAUUGGAGAAUGGAGACCAUUUAUUUCGCUGUCACUGUCUAGUGUAUUCCUGUGGGAUGAAGCAGAUAUCUGCCUCCAUCUAGGGAAUCUUCACUGAGUCGCCAGACAGCCCCCAAUUGAUUUUAUGCUGUUUACAACAUCACCAGUGCCACGCCACGUGCGUCAAUAAAAUUGCCUAUAGCUAUUUGAGCGCAAGCAAAUAUUACAUUUUUAGUCUACUAAACAAAAAAGAAAAGCAAGGGAGCUAAAUGUGGAAGAUGUGGAAGACUUAGAUGUGACAGAAAACCAUGCUUUCUUUUCUCACGUUUGCAGUUGUUGUGUUUUUUUAAUGUAUCAAAGUUAAGACAAAAUAUUGUAAUAAAUCUGGUAUACUGAUAAUUGUAUCUACUUCAAAAUGUUAAAAAAAUGCAGAAAAAAACCUAUGAGGUGACAGACAUGAUCCUGCUGCUUGUCAAAUAAAAAAAAAAUAAAACCCAGAGAUAUUUGUAAAUAUUUAA